AUGGCUUUCUGUAUCACUUUUGGAACUCAUGAGUUCUCAUCUCAACUCGAGGGCUAUGAGAAUGUUCGCGCCUACUGCUACAACUGCCAACAUUGGAAUGGCCACUGUAUCACCCGGUGGCCGUUCUUCACUGUUUGUUUCAUUCCCUUGAUUCCCCUUGCUGUUCACAAGUACAAGGAGGUCCAAUGCUACACAUGCCGGUACACCCAAGACCUACGUGACCGUCCAGAUAUCACGCCUGAGACCAGGCCUCCGGCAGGUGGACAAUAUGGCAUCCAGCCACCCCCUGGUGCUCAAUGGCAGCAACAGCCUAUUCAGCAGCCUCCCCCUCAAGCACAGGGUGGCCUAGGGUACAAAUGA